GACCGAGCUUCGAAGAGAUUUUCAUAUUUCAGUCUACUUUUGUGCGUGCUGAGUCCAGUUUGGCAUAUGAGAUAUUCUAUAAUCGGAGCAAAAUGAAAUUGAAUUCGUUUCUAUAUAUGUUAUAUAUAAGCCUCAUGCUGAUCAUAGAUAAGGCUCAAGCUAACAAAAAUGAGUCUGGUUCAGUAACCAAAAUAGCAGAGGAGCAAAGCGGAGAGCACAUCUACAAGGCAGUGAGACCUUUAUUAAAGUACAUAUAUCAGAUGAAGGAGGAAAUUGAAAACAACAACAAUAUAGUUGAAAGCAAAGACAGAGAAAUCAAGCAACUGCAGGAAAAACUGGCCCAACAUAAUGAAUUCUACAAAGAGACUAUCAAAGAGCUAAUGAAGAACGUCUUGUCGAUAAAAGAGGAAAUGGGUAAGCCCACUUCCAAUUCCUUAAAAGUCCAGGAGUAUGAGGAGCAGCUGGAGAAACAAAAGAAGCUAAUCGAUCAAAAGGAACAACAAAUAUCCGAAAUCAAAAACGAAGUCAACAUUUGUGCCAAGAAAUUAAAAAGCUACAAAGAGAAACCCGAUUACAGGAGAUCCGUUCGAUGUACUUUGUGA